AUGCCGCUACACUCUCCAGAACGUCUUCAAAGACAUCUAUCACCUCGCACUCCCAUCGAUGAUUCUAGACUAAAAAAACUUGCCAAAAAGCGAAAACAUUCUGAUAUCAAUCCGGACACGGGUAACGAGUCUGAUACACCUUGGUAUACAAUUCAUAAUACAGUAAAGAAGCGAACACGCUUGACAACGUCCGCAACACCAUCGUCAUCAGCAUCAAAUCAAUCGUUGAAUAGAAAGGCAAAGAUGACCGACACUGAUGAUGAACUCAUCGUACCUCUCAAACGGACAUUACGAAGGAAACCAGCUAAAACAGUUGUUUCAACCGAUUCUGACGAUACAAUUAUUAUCGAAGAUGAAGAUGAAGAAGAAGACGAAGAAGAAGUGAAAGAUAGAAAGGAGAAGAAGAAGAAGAAAGAGGCUAAAAAACCAGUGGAACUCGUCAAAAAGAAAGUUGUCCAUCGACCUGAAAUAGCCGAUCAUGAUUUGGAUGAAGAAACCAAAAGAGCGAUGCGAGAACAAACUGAACGGGAUAAACGUAUCAAAGACCAACAAGAGCGUGAAGCAGCAGCAAGUUUAGAACGUCUACAGAAGCAAAAGGAAUAUAAUGGAACUAUUCUUGCUGCACACGAACAAAAACAACGGCCAGUCGCAUUCGAAUUAGUUUUAGAAACCGAUCCAAGUACAAACGAAAUUGUGAUCGAAGUCGAUCUAAUGCUUGUUCAAUAUAUGAAGAAACAUCAGGUGGAAGGUGUUCGAUUUCUGUGGAGUCAAGUGUUUGAAUCAACAGCUAGUAUUGCUGCCAGUAUUGAUAAAGAAACAAAAGUAGAUCGAGGAGGCUCCGGAGCUAUUCUCGCACAUUGUAUGGGUUUGGGUAAAACAUUCACUACAAUUACAUUGAUUCAUACAUUAUUUCGUUACAAACAAUUGACACAUAUUCAUCGUGUGUUGAUUCUAUGCCCAUUAAAUACAGCGAACAAUUGGAGAAAUGAAUUUCGACAAUGGAUCGGAAGUUUAGAACCGCGUAUCGAUGUUUAUUUGUUCAGUGCUGAUGAUAUCGCGAAAAAGGAUCGCCUUUCUUUUCUUCGUCGUUGGCAUGAAGGCGGUGGUAUUUUGAUUAUGGGCUAUGAAAUGUAUCGUUUAUUGAGUUAUGCGUCAGAUGCUACAGCUAAAACACCACGCAAAAAGACAAAGAAAAAACCAAAAUCAACUGACAAUAGCGGCAACGACUCGUCAAGUGAUAGUGACGAUCAGGGCUGGAUGAGAAAAACCACUAAAGCAAAAGCUGAUUUAGCUAAUAUUGAAAAAUAUCGGAAAUAUCUUCGAUCGCCUGGACCAGAUUUGAUCGUCUGUGAUGAAGGUCAUAUGAUUAAAAAUCCCAAGAGUGCUGUAACUCGUGUUGUGAAUGAAGUGCGUACAUUACGUCGUAUAGUGUUGACUGGUACACCGAUGCAAAACAAUCUCAAAGAAUACUAUGCAAUGAUCAAUUUUUGUAAACCAAAUUAUCUUGGUAGUGAACAUGAAUUUUCUCGUAAUUUUCGUAUACCAAUCGAAGCCGGUCAACACAAAGAUAGUUCUCCAGGUGAUGUUGCUUACAUGAGACGUCGAGCAUACGCUCUAAAUCAACGUUUAAUGAAUGUACUUCAUCGACGUGAUUUCGAUGUCCUACGAUCGUUUUUACCUCCAAAAUUUGAAUACGCUGUAAAAAUCAAAUGUACGCCAAUACAGCAAGAACUAUAUCGAACAUAUUUGUUAAUUCAAGAUAUUGAUCCAACAGCUCGACUCAACAUGGCUAAACUGCUCGGUGAUUAUCAAUAUCUAAUGAAGAUCUGGACACAUCCAUGGCUAUUGAAGCCGCAUUAUAUUGAUGGCUUUUAUAAAUAUUUAAAAGGGCAAGACCAAGUCGAGACGGAUCAGUUUUUUAAUGAUGAUCCCGAUGAGAUCGAUGAUGAAGGAGGAACGAAAACGCCGAAGCGCAUCAAACCAAGAAAUACAACUAAAAUGUUACCACGUGGUAUGGCUGCCACGAUUCCCCAACAGAAAAUUAGCAAAUAUUUUCAAAAUGGAGAUAGCGACGAUGAUGAUUCCAAGAGUUUGAAUAGAGCGGAGGUGGUCGAAAAGGCAAUGAAAAAGGAAUGGUGGUACGAUAUGUUUGAUGUCAAUAAAUCGCAAUUCGAUAUCGAAUUAUCAGGCAAAUUUGAAUUGUUUCGUGCAAUUCUUCAUGAAUGUGAAGCUAUCGGUGAUAAAUUAUUGGUAUUUACUCGAAGUAUUCUUGCACUUGAUUACAUUGAACAAUGGCUUGAACGAUGGAGUUCCCGAGCACCAUCACCUAAAUGGGUCAAAGGUGUGGAUUACUUCCGCAUGGAUGGCAAAGUACCAAUUAAACAACGAUCAGCUGAGAUUAAAUUGUUCAAUGAACCUGAGAAUAGUCGUGCUCGUCUAUUUCUUAUCUCUACAAUGGCUGGUGGCAUUGGUAUCAAUCUCUAUUCAGCUAAUCGCGUUAUUAUUUUCGAUGUUAGCUGGAAUCCAGCUCAUGAUCUUCAAGCAAUGUUUCGAUCAUAUCGGCUUGGACAGAAGAAACCUGUUUAUGUCUAUCGUAUCAUUGGUAAAGGUACGAUGGAAGAGAAGAUCUACAAACGGCAAAUAACGAAACAAGCAAUGUCACAGCGAGUUGUUGACGCUAAACAGCUCGAUCGACAUUUUACCAACGAUGAACUUGCUCAACUCUAUCGAUUUGAAACAGAUGUGGAUAACGAUCCUCUAGACAAAUACGACGCUGAGAGGGUAAAAGACAAAGUUCUGAGAAAGCUGAUGGAUGAAUAUGCUGAGCUGAUUGUUUCAUACCGUGAACACGAUUCACUGUUAAUUCAUCGCGACGAAGAAAAUUUAACUGAAGAAGAACGAAAACAAGCACAACACGAAGAUGAAUUGUCAAAAACGCGUGUCUAUGGACGACAGAACGCAGCAUCGAUACCUGUAUCGGACGACUCAGUCAUUCAUAUCACGCCAGGAACAGUCAUGGAUCUCUUACGACAAAACCCCAUGCCACCUACGCAUUAA